GUCCCCUUCUUAUUACCCUGGGGACAGGCCCGGCAGCUCCGCCCCCGGAGCCCCGGCGCAGGCGCUGUGCUGCGGCGGAGCCGCGGCCGGGUGGUGCGGGCAGGGCCGCGCUGCAGCGGCGGGCGGAGUCCCUUAGAAACGCGGCCCUCUGAGAUUCGGGAGCCAGCAUGCUUGGCAGGAGGCACAAAAAAAGCCCCCAGGCAAAGGGGCAGGGAGCUGCAGUUGCAAAGCAGCUGGGGCUGUUUGUUGAUUUCAAUCCUGAAGAGAUGCUGCUGGGUGCAGAGGAUGGUGAGGAUGAUGGGGACCUAGAAGCAGAGCUUGCUGCUAUCACAGGAGCAAGGGUGAAAGAAGGAAAAGCAAAACCAAAAGGGAAAACUCCUCUGCCCAUGGAUCAUAUUGAAAAGCUGGCUGCAGACUGUAUGAAGGAUCUGAAUGAAGAUGAGGAAGAAACAGAGGAUGAAGACUUGGAGAAAGAUACAGACCUGUUGGCAGAAUUGCAAGAAGUUCUGGGGGAGGAGGGUGAGACAGGAAGCUGUGGGGAUGAAACAAUAGCAAUGGAACAGUCCCCAGCUGAAUUUGAAAAUGAGGAACCUGAACUGCAACCACAGACCACCUCACUUCCUGCUGUUACCAGUGAGCUGCAACAGACGAUAGAGAGGAGAAUUGCUAACUAUAGGACGGCAAUUUCAAACGCAAAGGAGUCGGGUGAGAGUGUAAAACUACGUCGAUACGAAAGAGGCCUUAAGACACUGGAAACCAUGCUGGCUUCAGUGAAGAGAGGCAAAAAAAUCAAUGAGGAAGAAAUUCCACCUCCUGUUGCAAUAGGAAAGAGCUCUUCUCACAUAUCUCAAGCCACAGGAGCGGAGCAGGAGAUUUCAGGAAAUUCAGUCAGUGUCCCACCGGAGAGUAGAGACGAGUCUGCUGCAGAUGAUGAGCAGAAGACCUCUUGUGAGGCAGAGCAGCAUCUAGAAUUGGAGUCUCUACAGGGUCGUGCUGUUACUACUCCUACCACGGAAACAGAUCUCCAGCACAGCAGCACACGAGCAAUAUUACUCAUGAGGCAGAAGGAGUAUAAAAUAGCAGCUCUGAAAGCCAAACAGGAAGGGAACCUGGAGAAGGCAAAGGAGUACAUGAAGACAGGCAAGAAAUUUGAUGUGGUCUUGGAAGCUUUGGACAGUGGGCAGCCAAUAGACCUCGAGAAUAUGCCUCCAUCUCCUCAGGAUCUUGAAAGCUUAGGAGAUGUACAAGGUACAUCCAAGCAAAAGGUACCAGCUCCAGUGGGAAGUUCCCAAGGUCUUACAUCACCUGAACCUCGGAACCAAGAAGCUUCAGCUUCCCUGCAGCAACCAAAAACAACACUGGAAGCAUUGCAGCAAAGGCUUGAGAAGUACAAGUCAGCAGCAGCACAAGCUAAAGCGAGUGGGGAUGAUCGGAAAGCCAGAAUGCACGAGAGGAUAGCCAAGCAAUACCAAGAUGCUAUAAGAGCCCAUAAAGCAGGGAGAAAAGUGAAUUUUUCCGAGCUACCUGUUCCUCCUGGAUUUCCCCCUCUUCCUGGUGUUCAAGCAACUGAUGGCGGCAGCACAAUAGCUGCUGUUCUGGAAAAUGCUAGUCAGCUGGCAAGCAUGGAAGAAAAUGAUGAAGAAGAUGAGAAUGAACCUCUGACACAGGCCCCAGUUGCCAAGAAGCCUGCUCAGCUGCCUGGAAAGCCGACUCAAGUUGUUAAGCCAAUUACAGUGCCAUCUGCUGUAGCUGAGGAGGAAAGCUCUCCCGAGCGUGUGAAACAGGCUACAUCGCCCUCCACCCGGGACAAGGCAGAGUCAGAGAAUCAUCUCCCUCCAGCUGCUAGGCAACAGCUGGAAUUUCUGGAGAACAGAAAGAAGCAGUACAUGAAGGCAGCCGUCAAAGCAAAGAAGGAAAAUAACCUUGAACAGGCUAAAAUGUAUCUCAGAACAGCUAAGAGCUUUGACCCAAAGAUUGAGGAAGCAAAAUGUGGCAAACCUGUUGAUAUUUCCAAGCUGCCAUCACCCCCCACAGAUGAUGAGGGUGAUUUUAUCUUCAUACACCAUGAAGAUCUCAGAGUGUCCCAGAAAGCAGAGGAAGUAUACGCACAGCUCAUAAAAUUGCUGAAGGACCAACAUGAGAGAUGUUUGCAGUAUUCCAAGCAGUUCAUGCAUCUGGGAAAUGUAGCUGAAACGACUCGGUUCGAGAAACUGGCACAAGGUUGUAAAAAGGACUUGGACAUCCUACAGCUUGCUCAAGCACAAGGAAUGGAUCCUCCAAGCCAUCACUUUGAGGAGAGAACCUUUAAAAUGAUACGGAUAUUUUCUGAGCUCAACAGCACAGAAAUGCACCUUCUUAUUGUCAGGGGGAUAAACCUACCAGCUCCGCCAGGUGUGGCACCAAAAGAUUUAGAUGCGUUUGUGAAGUUUGAAUUUCAUUACCCAAGCACGGAGCAACCUCAAAAGAGUAAAACACCUGUAAUUAACAAUACCAAUUCUCCAGAAUACAACCAGUUGUUCAAGCUGAACAUCAACCGAAAUCACAGAGGUUUCCGACGAGCAAUUCGGUCCAAAGGAAUUAAAUUUGAAGUAUUUCACAAAGGGUCCUUUUUCAGAAGUGACAAGCAGGUGGGGACAGCACACUUGAAACUGGACAAGCUGGAAUCAGAAUGUGAAGUUAGAGAGAUCAUCGAGAUUUUUGAUGGCAGAAAACCCACUGGAGGGAAACUGGAGGUAAAAGUGAGACUCAGGGAGCCCCUCAGUGGUCAGGAUCUUCAAACAAUUACAGAAAACUGGCUGGUCCUCGAACACUAGUUCCUACAUGAGAUCCACAAGAAUGCUAAGAGGUGUGGGAUGGACAUGUGCGUGGAGAUGCUGCUAGCUGCAAGCACCAAAGACGUUAAACGAAUGCACUACUGAACCUAAUGUCUAUUUUGGUAACAGCCAUAGUGCUUAUUAAUAACUUUAAGGCAAAUGUAAGGCUCUGGAAAUUUGCUGCUGCAGGGUGUUGUUCUUUGUCUACACAAAAUAGACAGAAUUGCCUUAAUGUGGGACUACUAACGUAGCACCAGGAUGAAUGUUACAUUAACUAUGCAUAGUGGUGUGUGAAAGAUUUAGCCCCGUAAAAAAUUCCCCAAGACAGGGCAAAACCUUUUCAGUCAUUUCACAGGUAAGACCUUCACUAAUUAUUAUUUUUUUUAAUGUGUACAAGCACGCAACACGGUACAGUGGACAGUUUGCUACCACUUCCUUGUGUCCUUUCUUAUCAAGGCCUGUUGUUCCCACCACCCCCUGCCCAGUAUCAGUGUCCAGAAAUAGAGUGAGAGCUCAGGCAGAAAUUUAGCAGCAGUGUUCCCCACUCCUAUGUAUGUGCUGCUGCAACAAGAAGUUUAACUUCUCAGGAUGCUGCCUUUCAGGAGAAAAGGAUGCAAUGCAUCUAAGCAGCAGGUGUUUGCAGAUCUACGUUUUCAUUCUGGCUACCAGUUGUCUGCCAUGCUUGCUGCACUGCUUAUUCCAGUGCAGCCUGGGUACUGUGCCUUCAUCCUUUUUAUUUUUCCUUUGUUGGUCUAUUUAAAAAAGAAAAAAAA